UGGGGUGGAGAGCCGCCUGCGCAUGUCAGGACCGACAGCGCACACGGUCGGGGGCCCUGGAGAAGGGUAGCGGUCUCCCGCCGCCCAGGGUCCGCGCCCGGCACGAUCCAGGGCGCGCUUCGGAGGGGGCCACCUCCCUUCACCCCCACCCCACCUCUGAGGGCGCCGGCGAACAGCAGCUGCCACCUCCUCCCAGUCCUCCCAGCCUCCUCGGAGAGCAAGGGCGGGUGUGGGGGGCACGGAAGAGGGACGGAUUUUGCAGCUCAGACGGCCUGGUGGCUGCGGGUGCGGGGCACGCCCAGCUGGAGAGGCGGGUCCGCGCGGAUGAAGCUGGAGAUCCCGGUCUUGGCGGAUCCUGGUCCGAGCGUAGCUGCUCCGCAGGGAGGUGAGAGGUGGCUCGGCGGGGUCCCCUCGAACAGCGCGGCCGCCUAGAGCCAGCGCGCGGCUCUCAUCCGAGCUGCGCGUUCUCCCAGGAGCGGACCCGCACGCGGCGGCCGGAAGCCAAGUCGGGCGCGCGGGAGGCGCUGUCCGUGGUGCUGGGCGCGCUCCCCGCCACGCGCUCGGCCGGCGCGCGGAGCCGGACCCCCAGCCUGGAGUCGAGGCGGCUGCGAGGCCAGUUCCAGCGGAAACCCGGCCCCGCAGUCACGCGGGGCCUCCGGUCGCGGACGCCUGGCCUCUUUCAGCGAGAAAGUCGCCCCCUUGGGGCAGUUCGUCCCAAAGGGUUUCCUCGAAAGUGUCUGCGAGGGCGCAGUUGUGGAGGGUGCCGCUGUUUAGCCCUGGAGGUGCCGCUGUUUAGCCCCUAAGAAGAUGCCUGCCUUCCGCGGAGCGCUCCCCCUGGCUUCCUUCCUACUCGUCUUCUGGGGCGUCUGCUCCCCCGUGUGCGUGGAGGUGCCCUCGGAGACUGAGGCCGUCCAGGGCAACGCCAUGAAGCUGCGCUGCAUCUCCUGCAUGAAGAGGGAGGAGGUGGAGGCCACCACGGUGGUGGAGUGGUUCUACAGGCCCGAGGGCGGUAAAGAUUUCCUUAUCUAUGAGUAUCGGAACGGCCACCAGGAGGUGGAGAGCCCCUUCCAGGGGCGCCUGCAGUGGGACGGCAGCAAGGACCUGCAGGACGUGUCCAUCACGGUGCUCAACGUCACCCUCAACGACUCUGGGCUCUACACCUGCAAUGUGUCCCGGGAGUUUGAGUUCGAGGCGCACCGCCCCUUCGUGAAGACCACGCGGCUGAUCCCCCUCCGGGUCACCGAGGAGGCCGGAGAGGACUUCACCUCCGUCGUCUCGGAAAUCAUGAUGUACAUCCUCCUGGUCUUCCUCACCUUGUGGCUGCUCAUUGAGAUGAUCUACUGCUACCGGAAGGUCUCCAAGGCUGAAGAGGCCGCCCAGGAGAGCGCGUCCGACUACCUGGCCAUCCCAUCGGAGAACAAGGAGAGCUCGGUGGUGCCCGUGGAGGAAUAGAAGGGGUGCGGCUGGAGGUGACGUACAGGAAGCAGGAGGGAAGGUGGAUAAGGAUGGCGAUUGUACAGCAACUUUAAACUUGGGCCCUUGGCUUACUCUGUACCCUACCUGAGUCCGCCCUCAGGUACUGCUCUAAGUUGAUGCCCGACUCACAGAGCUCUGUGUGAUGUCAAGCCCUUCAGAGGGAAUUGCUUUGGCUGAGUGUUGGGGCAGCUGGAACUCCUUCCCCGUAGUGACGCAGGCAGAGUCGCUCUCCCACUCCCUCCUUGUAAGGAUGUGCGUCUGGUCAGAGCCUGUGCUGCUGGACGGGGCCUCCUCAGUGAGAUGUGCUGCCAGUGACGGGUGACCUGAACACCGGGACUGGGCGCCCAGCUUCAAUGAUGUCACCGCACCAGGAGGUGCCCCAGAGGCCACACCGCCCCCCCCCCCGGCCUCCUAACUCCAUCCGACCUCUACACACCACCAGACUCUGCCCGAGCUGAGGAGCCCACCUCUCCACAGACGCCCCCGCACCCCGCCUGGCGUUUGGGCAGCAGUCGCCGCGCCCACUGACUGCUCCCGGGCGCCGAGCGGCGGUGAACAGCCUGGAGGCAGCACGGCCCCUGCCCGGCACGGGACCUGGCUCCUGCCCACUGACUGCUCCACGUGAAGGGCUGUCUUCGUGGACGGAAGCCAGGUGACCAGCUGCGGAAAGCAAGUGUCACGGGGAG